AUGCUCAAUGGAAGGAGUCUUCGUUCUAGACUGGACAUCCUUAAACCAGACAUUCGUCACCGUGUCACUCAGAAACAAAAAGAUCAGACUGUGUGUCACAAAUCUUCAAAGACAACUCGAGAACUACACGAGAAUCAACAUGUGCUAGUUCGCGACUACAGAGGCCCUCGGAAGUGGAUAACUGGAGUUAUCAACGCACGCACUGGCCCACUGUCAUAUGAAGUAAGAGUUGGCCCAGACUCCAUCUGGCGUAGACACAUUGAACAACUUCUUGAUGCAGAAACUGGAAAAUCCUUCGCUCAACAGCCAGAGAUGGUCCCCGAUAUUCUACCUCCUGUCGUUCCAGAGACCAUUGGCCAGACAUCAUCUGAUCCCCUUAAAGCGUCUCCAUCACCAGGAUCUUCAUCACUCCUUCAGAGCGAAAAGGAACAACCAACUGCUCCUUCUACAAUAACAGGAUCUCCUUCAAGGACUGAGCGUCGCUAUCCGCUGCGAACUCUGAAACCCCCUGAUAAACUUGAUCUAUAG